AUGAACGAGACCUCAGGCCGGGCCGGCAUUGUUCGCGCUCGCGAUGAUGCCUCCAGCGUCGACAAGCUGGUCCAUUCAGUCCUUGACGAUGUGCUAUUCAACGUCCUCUCCGACCUGGUCAUGAAGACGCACCGCGACGAAAAGACUGCCAAAGCCACUACGGCUGCAAUCCAGGUCGAAAAAGCGGCCUCUGACGCCUCAGAUAGCUCAUCACCGGAUUCAAGACCCGAUAUUCGAGUCGAAACCGAUUCUGCCGUAUACGAAGAAGGCAAAGUCCUGCUCAAAGGCAAUCCUCUCAAGACAAUACAGGACAUCUUGUGCCCCAAAUGUCAUUUACCACGAUUAUUACACCCGACCGAUGGAAAAGGUGCGCAAAAGCCUGAUCCCGCCAUAAUCUACUGUAAAAAACACCCAUAUAUCGAUAAGCCUGGAUGUGACAUCUACGGCCAGAGUUGGGUAGCCCCCGGCCCAGGCCGAGGGAAGAAAAAGAAGGAUGUGGAAAAGAAGGAAGAUGGUACUCCCGAGCAGCGACCACCAAACGUUCUUUCAUUCCCAUCUGCAACCUGCAGCAAAUGCAAACGAUGUAUACUCGUCACUCGAUUAAAUAAUCACAUGGGCUCGUGUAUCGGCAACAGCGGUCGCAAUGCCAGCCGAGCCGCCGCCCAGAAGCUCAAUGGCAACUCUCAAAACGAUUCCACGCCCCCGUCGUCACAAAAGGCGACACCGGCACCCGGCUCGCGCGCUGCUAGUCCUAGGAAACGAGACGCGAGCGAGGAGAAUGACGAUUCCGACACGAGCCACCAAAAGAAGAAGCUGAAAGCUGCAAACCUGACCAAGAAGGUCAUUAUCAAGACGAAGCCGACACUAAAGAAGGAAAAGUCGAAAGGAGGGUCCCAAUUGAGCCAGGAGCAUAAAUUGAGCGAUUCAUCCCCAGCGUCCAACGGCAAAGGGACGCCAAAACCACCCGCCAAGAACGGGAGUCCUGUCAAAAAGAUCAAAGCAACCAAGCCGAUUCAUAGUUCACCCAUGUCAAAGAGAGACAUUGACGGCAUGUCUGAAAUAUCAGACGCCAUGUCGUCACCACGGGGGAAGUGA